AUGCUGAAAGGUCAGAAAGAAGGAGAGGCUGAGCCCGUGCCUGAAGGAGACAAGUCCGGGGCUGGUAGCAGUCCAUCUGGCGUACGGAAGGGCCUCAGAGUGCCGUUAGGUCUCGUGUCACACUCAUUCUCUUCCUUGGCGAAGCAUAAGGAGGCUGAGCGGCGACUGACUGAUGAAGAGGAAAGUUUAAGUAGCCCGCAGGAUCGGGAAGAUGAUGCUGCGAGCCCGAACAUCAUGGCCAAGAGCAUUGCGGGGUUACUUACGACCGCAAGUAUGUAUGUUGGUAUAGGAGAUAUCCACCGCGCGGAGCAGCUUGCGACGGGCCAACCGGAGACGGACGCUGGCGCGGACGAGACCGAGGACGAGAUGGACGAAGCCGGGGACGAGACGGGGGACGACGCGGACGCGCCCGCCACAGGGACCGAUGGCGAGGAGGAGUCGCGCCCAGUAUCCGCGCAGGAGUCGCGGCGCUCGACGCUCUUCGAGCUCUCGAUCGAGCCCCACCCAGAGAGCCAUACGGCGCAGGCAAGUCGCACGAAAAAUCGGCGCUCGCGCAUGACAUCCAAGCUCAGGUCGAAGUUCAAUCUCGACGACGAUGAGGAGCUUGUGCGCGAGUAUCCGUGCUGGCUGCUCCGCGAUGUGCUCAUCCAGGGACACAUAUACUUGACGUCCCGCAACUUACUCUUCUUUGCGUUCCUCUACAAGUCGAACGGCUCCGCUCGGCUCACUGGCAACUUGUCAAUAUGCAACAAUGGCCUCUCAAUUAGCGGUAUCAGUGGUAAGCCGACUCGCUACUGGACGGUCUUGAAGGACCACACUCUCUCGCUCUACAGCUCGUCCACCGACCUCUACUUUCCCGUAUUGACCAUCGACUUGCGUUACGUGACGAAGGUGCAGCAUUGCAAGAACAACGGCAAGGACACGCGCCAGUUCCACAUUACGACGGAGAGCAAAACGUACACCUUCUACUCGGACAACGAGCACUCGGCCCGCUCCUGGUCUUCAGCGUUGAAGAAGCAGGUUUUCGCGACACAGAACUCCGACAAUGACUCUAUGAGCGUGCGCAUCCCCUUGAGCAACAUCAUCGACGUCGAGGAACAGGCCAUUGUCGAGCAGGGCCUCACGCUCCGCGUGCGCGUCAUGGAGUCCUCGGACUCCUUCGCCUUGGACGACUACUUCUUCAUGUUCUUCAACAACGCGGGCAGCCAGCUGAAGGAGCUCAUCCAGAUCCAGGUUGCCAAUCUCGAGAUGCUCGGUGCCGCUAACGUCGACUACGCUCGCCAUCCGUUGCCGCCUGAUACAGAAGCUAGCCUCCCGGCCGUAGCGUCAGACGCCGCACCGCAAGACGCCGCGAUUGCGUCCGAAGCCGCCGCAGACGCGGCGGCUGCAGAUACGGCUAGCCACAGCCCGUCGACCAAUGCCGAGCCGCGUGCACGUGGCAGAUCCACAGAACGUGCCAUGGCUGCAUCCGCCUAUCUUUUUGGCCGGCUUACGUCGCCCCGCCGCGAUGACGCAAAACAACUGUCCCCCUCGAAAGUGAAGCUGCGCUUCCGUUCAGUGGCCGACACCCUUAAGCUAACUACGCCCCGCCAGCCGGGUUCCGAUGCGCCACAGGAGCCCGAGCCCGAAACAACCAUUCUUGAAUCCCGGCCGCGCCUCAAUUACUGGAGUCCGCGGCCCUUUACCACAAUGCGUAGCAUGUGGAAUGCUCAGCCCGUGCAUUAUGCCGCCAAGGGAAUGAGCUUAUUUGCCGACGAUGACGAGCUGAUGAUAGGCGAUGAGGCUGAGCUGCUCGCGGCUGAUAAACGUUUUAAGGCACACUUCUCUCUAACGGACGAUGAGUCGCUAGUGGCUUCCUAUUACACCUACUUGAACCGUAGUAUGCCACUAUAUGGCAAGAUUUACCUCGGCAAGACGAUAAUGUGCUUCCGUUCCCUACUUCCGGGCUCCAAGACGAAAAUGAUAUUGCCUUUGCACGACGUUGAGAAUUGUUACAAAGAGCAAGGGUUCAGAUUUGGAUACUUCGGGCUCGUGGUGGUGAUCUACGGUCACGAGGAGUUGUUCUUCGAGUUUGCGUCGCAGAAGUCCAGGGACGACGCGGAAUACGUUAUCCUCAAGAUAAUCGACAGCCUGAAGCCAGUAGACGGAGUGAUGGCCGAUGACAUGAGCGCGGGAGCAUAUUCGCUAAAGGCUGCGCAGGGCCGCGAUGCCACGACUGACGCUAAGGUGAAAUUAUUCGAGCAGCGGAUAAGCUCGGUAGGGUACGAUAUUCCGAUAAUGGUGGAGGACAACCCGUUCUACAAGACCACGAUCACGCCCAAAAAAUUCUACACGUUUGGGAUGUUGACAAUUGGGUCGCGUGGGGACGUGCAGCCAUACAUAGCGCUCGGGAAAGGGCUUUUACAGGAGGGCCACCGGGUGGUCGUGAUCUCGCACGCGGAAUUCGGCGACUGGGUGAGAUCGCACGGGCUCCAGUUUCGUGCAAUCGCGGGAGAUCCUGCGGAACUCAUGGCGCUUAUGGUCCAGCACGGGUCGAUGAACGUAGGACUCAUCCGCGAGGCCGCGUCGACGUUCCGCAAUUGGAUCCGCGAUCUUCUUGAGACGGCAUGGGAGGCAUGCCAGGGCAUAGAUGUACUUAUCGAAUCGCCUUCGGCAAUGGCGGGCAUCCACAUCGCGGAAGCCUUGCAGAUUCCGUACUUCCGCGCAUUCACAAUGCCAUGGACCAAGACGCGAUCGUAUCCGCAUGCGUUUAUAGUGCCAGACCAGAAGCGCGGAGGUAAUUAUAACUACUUCACGCACGUACUAUUCGAGAAUAUUUUCUGGAAGGGCAUCAAUAGCCAGGUGAACCGCUGGCGCGUCGAGAAAUUAGGCUUGAAGAAGACCAAUCUCGAAUUCAUGCAGCAGGGCAAAGUGCCUUUUCUAUACAAUAUGUCGCCGACGGUCUUCCCGCCCAGCGUAGACUUCGCAGAGUGGAUCAAGGUGACUGGUUACUGGUUUUUGAACGAAAGCAGCAACUAUGUGCCUCCCCAGGCGCUUUUAGAGUUCAUGGCCAAGGCUCGGCGGCUCGACAAGAAACUUGUAUACAUCGGUUUCGGGUCGAUAGUGGUUAAGGACCCCGUGAAGAUGACGAUGGCGGUCGUGGAAGCUGUUGUUAAGGCCGACGUAUAUUGCAUAUUGAACAAGGGAUGGUCUGCGCGACUAGGUGGCCAGUCGCAGAAGUCAAUUGAGGUGCAACUCCCAAACUGCGUCUACGAUGCAGGUAAUGUACCGCAUGACUGGUUGUUUCCACGCGUAGACGCAGCGGUCCACCAUGGGGGCUCAGGAACCACAGGCGCCACUAUGCGCGCAGGCGUACCCACAGUAAUAAAACCUUUCUUUGGUGACCAGUACUUCUAUGCCAACCGGAUAGAGGAUAUUGGCGCGGGGAUCGCAUUGCGCAAGUUGAAUGCUUGCACCCUCUCUCGCGCUCUCAAGGAAGUAACUACUAACACACGGAUCAUUGCUAAAGCCAAGAAAAUAGGACAGGAUAUUAGCAAAGAGGAUGGUGUAGCUACUGCCAUCGCGUUCAUUUACUCGGAGAUGGCAUAUGCAAAAAGUUUAAUCAAAGCCAAGCGUCAGGAGGACAAAAAGGCCGCAAAGGAGGCGAAGCAGAUACAAAACGAGGACUCGUGGUUACUCCUUUGA